CAGAGGCAUUGUGGGAAAACAUGGCCGCUUCCGCUGUGUGCGCGAGAUUCGUUUAACACUGAGGGGAAACUAAGUUAAUGACACACAGAUACAGAGAGAGAGAGAGAGAGAGAGAGGAGUGUGUGAUGGAGGAGUGCAGCAGUGAGGAGAGUUUAAACUCCAGGAAGCUCAGCGCUCACAGCCUCAGCAGUAGCAGCACGUCCCGGUCAGAGCGCUGUUCCCCCGCAAGAAGCCCCGCAGCACCGGGCUCUGAUCCGGACAGCUCCACCCCGCUCAGCCAGGUGAGAGGGAAAACACCUGCUAAGGAUGAGUUGGAGUUGUUAGUGAAGGAAGUUGUACAGAUUGAGGCUAAAGAUGUGACCUACAUCUGUCCAUUUGUGGGAGCUGUACGUGGCACACUCACUGUCACCAACUACAGACUGUUCUUCAGAUCAGUCAACCGGAUUUCAAACCUGUGUGUGUGUGUACAGGAGCCUUUGUUUGUAUUGGAUCUUCCUCUUGGUGUGAUCAGCAGAGUUGAGAAGAUCGGGGGAGCCUCCAGCAGAGGAGAUGUCUCUUACGGCCUCGUCUGCAAGGACAUGAGGAACCUGCGGUUUGUCCAUAAGCAGCCAGAUGACUCGUUAAAAAAAUCAGUGUUUGAUGUGAUGAGCAAGUUUGCCUUCCCACUCUCCAACAACCUGUCUUUGUUUGCCUUUGAGUAUAAUCAGGUUUUCCCAGAGAACGGGUGGAAAGUUUAUGACUCUCUGACGGAGUACAAGAGACAGGGUCUGCCCAAUGAAAGUUGGAGGAUCUCGAAGGUGAAUGAUCGUUAUGAGUUGUGUGACUCAUAUCCCGCUACACUGGUUGUCCCGGUAACCGUUACUGACGAUGAACUGCGCCGGGUUGCCACUUUCAGGGCCAGAGGUCGUAUUCCGGUGUUGUCAUGGCUGCACCCCCAGAGUCAGGCGGCAGUGGUACGGUCAGGUCAGCCUAUGUCGGGGGUGAGUGGGAAACGCUGCAGAGAUGAUGAGAAGCUGCUGCAGGCCAUCAUGGACGCCAACGCACAGUCUCACAAAUUGUUUAUCUUUGAUGCUCGACCCAGCAGCAACGCUGCAGCUAACAAGAUGAAGGGAGGGGGGUGUGAGAGUGAGGAUGCAUAUCAGAAUGCAGAGCUCGUCUUCCUCGAUAUACACAACAUUCAUGUGAUGCGCGAGUCGCUACGGAAGCUGAAGGAGGUGGUCUAUCCCAACAUCGAGGAAUCCCACUGGCUGUCCAAUCUUGAAGCUACUCAUUGGCUGGAGCACAUCAAGGUGAUAUUAGCGGGUGCAGUGCGGAUAGUGGAGAAGGUGGAGUGCAGUAAGACCUCGGUGGUGAUCCACUGCAGUGAUGGUUGGGACAGAACCGCUCAGCUCUCCUCUCUCUGCAUGCUGAUGCUUGACUCGCACUACAGAACCAUCCGAGGAUUCCAGAAGCUCAUCGAGAAGGAGUGGGUCAGCUACGGACACCGCUUCCAGCAGAGGGUGGGUCAUGGUGAUCAGAACCACACAGAUGCUGACCGUUCCCCCAUAUUCCUGCAGUUUAUUGACUGUGUGUGGCAAAUGACACAGCAGUUCCCUGCAGCGUUUGAGUUUAAUGAGUACUUCCUGCUGACGUUGCUGGAUCACCUGUACAGCUGUCUGUUUGGAACCUUUCUGUUUAACUCAGAACAGCAGAGACUCACUGAGGAGGCACAGAAGCGCACCGUGUCUCUCUGGUCAUUUAUUAACAGUCAAUGGGAGGAGUUUGUGAAUCCUCUGUACGUUCACUACGACACACACGUGCUAUUUCCCUCUGUCUCCAUCCGACACUUACAGCUGUGGACCUCCUACUACAUCCGCUGGAACCCCCGCCUCAGACCGCAGGAGCCAUUGCAUCAGCGCUAUAAAGAGCUACUUGCUAAAAGGACGGAGCUUCAGAAACGAGUGGAGGAGCUUCAGCGUGAAGUAGCAAAUCGAGCAUCUGCAUCUUCUGAGAGGGCGGGGUCACCCACUCCCCCCACCCCCACUAUACAGACCUUCAUAUGAUUAACUUGUCUGUCUGUCUCUCUGUCUGUCUGUGUCUCUGUCUGUCUCCCUGAUUGGUCUUAACUGAACACACAACUAAUGUAGCAUGUUAGCUCACUAAAGUUUAACUCAUCAUGCUUUUGCACUACUUUAACAGAUUGGUAGGUUUAUGUCCUAGUUAUAUAAACUCCACCCUUUCUUAAAACACCCCAAUCACAUGACCAAAACUAACAUGGUCAAAUAGACAUGUUAUAUUUUCAUAUUUACCCAAAUAGUGUAAGUUAUAGAACACUGACUUACUUAAUUCAAGUGUAAAUUGAGAUUGUUAGGGUGCUGUCAUGCCACACUACAGAGCCAAUUGGAGGGCACAACACAUGCUUAAUUAGCAUAACUGCUACCAUAUGAUUAUCAUAUCAUGGGUUAGUCUCGACCCUUAGCUUCUCUGUAAAGAAAAACUUGAACAGCUUUGAUCCAAAGUGGUGUGUGCGUGUGUGUGUGUGUGUGUGUAACAUCACUCACUUGCUAGAGUCAUAUUUUAUCUGUACACACUAAUAUUACUGCUGCUGUUAACAUUCCCCUGUAGCCUAAAUAAAUGAUUGUAACCAGUCAAA